CUGUCACAAAGACAUGCCUGCUGGAGCCUUUAUUUGAGCAGAUUCAACUUUACCCUCAGCUAUAACACAGGAUCUACAAACCACUCAAAUGCUCUGUUCAGGCAUCUAGAUCUAAGUGAGAGGAUGGAAUCUGACAAUAAAGCCCAAAUCUUACUUCUAGCCAAACUUUUC